GCCUCCUCUGCUGGACGCAAACUUUCCUCCCGGGACGGAACGCGCCGUCUCCCCGGGCGGCCCCGAACGCUGCUGAAAUGGGUUGUGGGCUGAAUAAGUUGGAGAAACGCGAUGAAAAACGGCCUGGGAAUAUUUAUUCAACUUUGAAGAGGCCUCAGGUGGAAACCAAGAUCGAUGUGUCCUAUGAGUACCGCUUCCUGGAGUUCACCACGCUGAGUGCCGCGGAGCUCCCGAGGUCCUCGGCGGUGAGGCUGACGUCCCUGCGAGACCUGCCCAUCCAGCUCCUGGAGCUCUACCAGCAGGGCUUCUCGCUGGCAGCCCUGCACCCCUUCGUGCAGCCCACUGGGGAGCAGGCGAAGACGCCCCUGGAGCACAUCUUCAGGGCCAUCCUGGUCAAAAAAACCGAAAGAGCUCAGAAAAGCGAUCUCCACAAUGACGGCUACAUCUUGGAGUUAGAUUGCUGUUCCUCCUUAGACCACCUGACAGACCAAAAGAUCAUCCCGGAGUUCAUCAAGAAGAUCCAGGAGGCCGCCAGCCAGGGCCUGAAAUUCGUCGGUGUCAUUCCUCAGUUCCAUUCCCCCGGGAGCUCAGCGGGCAGCAGCCCCCUGGUGCCAACUGCCGACAGCACCUCGGAUCCGAGGAGUGGGAGAAACUCGCUGGGCCGGUGUGGGGACCGCACCUCGCUGGAGCAUGAGAGCCCCAGGGCUGCAGACACGCGCGGCACUUGGGCAGGGACUGACAGAAGCCCAGUGCCUGGCUUACACUCGGAGGGAGAUGGUGGAGAAUUUCUAUCACAGAUGAGUGGGCCGCUGGAUGGACCGGGCGGAGACCCGUUGGAAGGGCAUGGAGAGCCACUCUUGGGAAAAAUGGAGAUCAUUGCCCUGUUCAACAAGCCCAAGAGCCAGCAGAAGUGUCGGCAGUACUAUCCCGUCACCAUUCCGCUUCGAGUUUCCAAGAACGGUCAGACGGUCAACGGUUUGGACGCCAACUGGCUGGAGCACAUGAGUGACCACUUCCGGAAAGGAGGCGUGCUGGUGAACGCGGUCUUCUACCUUGGGAUGGUGAACGAUUCCUUACAUGGUUUGACAGAUGGAGUAUUCAUCUUUGAAGCUGUUUCCACAGAAGAGAGCAAAACCGUACAGGGCUACGAUGCCAUUGUUGUCGAACAAUGGACAGUUCUGGAAGGUGUUGAGGUGCAGACAGACUACGUGCCCCUGCUGAACUCACUGGCAGCCUAUGGCUGGCAGCUCACCUGUGUGCUCCCCACGCCAGUCAUCAAAACCACCAGGGAGGGCAACAUAUCCACCAAGCAGAUUGUCUUUCUUCAGAGACCCUGUCUACCUCAGAAACUCAAGAAGAAGGAAUCAAAGUUCCAUUGGCGGUUCUCCCGAGAAGAAAUGCACACCAGGCAGGUGAGGAAAUCCAAAGGGAAACUCGGUGCCAGAGACAAGCUACGGGCGGAAGAUAGCGAGAAGGACGCAGAAGACCGGUUUUUCAAACCUGCAGAUGCGGGAAACUGCGCUCCCGGGCGGCAUCAGGAGCACGGGGGCCGAGGGGAGGGGGAGGAUGGGCCCUCCCAAGAGAUGGGUGUCUCUGCCCAGGAGGUCAAGCUGUGCCCCGCCGGUGGGCUCAGCCACGGGGAUGUGGGGGGUCCGGUGCAGAACCAGAACGGGCCCGCUGCUCCCGGCAGGGUCCAGGUGGGGAGCUGCACUGGGCCAUCUGACCCUGGAGAGCUUGACACGGUAGGCAGCACCCAGGAAGGCCCUGGAGAGGCUGCCACGCCGGAAGACAACUGAGCCCCAGCAGUUUGCUGUAAGGCCAGACACUGCAAACCUGAGGGGCCCUGCUGGCAGCCAGCUGUGCCUGGGCACUGUGUGUGUGUAACCCUUUGGCUUGGUUUGACCUCUCCUUGUGGGUGUGCCUGGUCCUCCCAGGGCUGGGUGCCCACGGUGCUGGGCCCUGCGCAGCCCUUUGAAAUAUGUUUGUCGUGCUUGAGUUAAAGCCGCAUCAAGCACUGCUCGUGGGCCCAGGGCCUGAGGCCCUGCCACAGCUCCACCUCCCCCCCAGGGAGGGUCUGAGCCAUCCAGUGCCUGUGUCUACCUGCAGGGAAUAUUCCAGUUACAUCCUUGACACCCGAGGCAGCAUCUGGCCCCUUCGACUUUCGGCUUUGGGUAGCUACUUGGUGACUUGUCACACCCAGAGAGCCCUGCCAGCCAGCCCUUCCCACCUGGUCCCUCAGCCCCUGCUGCUUUGGCAAAGACGCUGGGAGAGGAGGCACCCGGCCUCCAGGCUUCUCCUAAAGUAUCCCUUAGACGCUGGCUGGUGAUCCGAAAAGGAGAGGGUCAUGCUGCUUGCCUCCCUGCGCUUGCAGUUCGCCCGAGAAAGUAUUCUGUGUUAGUAUUAAUGCCAAAAAUGUCUAAACGUUUUUGUAUCUGGCUCAUCCUAUCAUUUCAGGGCACCCCGACUGGGCAGGUGCCCUUGUGGUGUGCUAUCUUCUCAGUGUAUCAUUGGCCAAGUCGUUACCGCGUAUGCUGUGUCUUCUUACGUGUUUAUAGUGUCCAGAAAGUAUUUUAAGGCUUUAAGUAGAUGCCACUGGUUAACCUUGGAGAGAUACCGCAGAUGGUCUUGACCCAAAACAAUAGCCUAUCUCUUCUCUUCCUUGUUUAGUUACUUAAAGCAAUAAAUCAUUUAUGAGUUAGUG